CGCCACGUAACCAGGCCUUGCACGCACCCACGCUUCCGUCAAAACCAUCAGACCUGGGAAAAAAUAGAUUCAGAGUUUGGCACAUCAUGCCGCAGGUUUACGGUGCCUCGGAGACAGAUCGGGCAGAUCGGCCACAACACGCCGGCCCACGUCACCAGGAAGUGCCGACAGGCAGCGCAACAUGCGGCAGAGCCGGAGGGGGUGAUUCAGACGCUUCCACCCGACGCAAACCAAGCGAUAACGCUCCAGGGGCUGCGGGGGUCACACCUGUCACGCGGGAGGAGCAGCAGGCCUUGAGAAAGCAGCGGCGCGAUCGUGCCCGGGAAGCGAAGAUCGCGCAGACUAUGAUGAAGAACAAGUCGUGCCAGCUGCAGCUGCAGCAGCAGAAGCAAGGGGGAGGCGGCGGAAAGAAAAAGAAGCGUCGCUGGGCACCGGGGCAGCGCGGGAUGGGCACGCUAAAGGCUAAAGCUGAGCAUGAGGCCGCGGCGGUGUUUGACCAGUGGCUCCGGGUCAAGCUCGCCGCCUGGAAGGAGGGAAGGGUGCCGGCGAAUCCUGAUGGUGGAGGGAGCAGCCUUGCGCGGCCGCCGGAAGAGAGUGGGGUCACGGAGGAGAUUGACUUCGACCCCUCCCAGGACGAGAUAGCCUUUCCGCCCAGUCUUAGUGCCCAGCAGCGACGCCAGAUCCACGGAUUGGCGAUGGAGCUGGCGCUUUUCCACGCCUCGAGCGGGGCAGACCCAAACAGGCACGUCAUCAUCUCCAGAACAGGGGUUUUUCAGGGGAAGAUACUUACACGCGGCGGGAGCAAAUGGUACAAGCCCGGUGUCGCCGCCCCUGUGGUAAAACGGUUCGCGAUGCAGCCAGGUCAUGAAGCGAUUGCGGAGCCCUUUUUGGUCGCCUUGCGCAGCUUCCACGCGAGCGUUCAGCUUCAUGAGCCGGGGUUUGAGCAGUGGCUCAGGGCCAACGUGCCGCCAACCAGCCUCCCCAAUGCUUACGGCUAUGCGGCUGCCCCUGAAUUUGAGGUGGAAAAGGCCCAGACAGCCUUCUUGGAGUGGCCGCUGCUGCAUGAAGUGGAGUACGAGUACGUCGACACUCCAGCUAAGCUCUCCGCCCUUGCUGAGGACCUGAAUGCGUGCCGAGAGUGGAGCUUCGAUGUGGAAGCCCACAACGCUCGAACGUACCAUGGGUUGGUGUGCCUCCUUCAAAUAUCCACGGAAUGGAAGGACUACGUCGUCGACCCCCUCGCCGAAGGCAUGUGGGACAACAUGGGCCUUCUCAGGGAUGCGUUUGGAAACCCGGACGUCUUGAAGAUCGGUCACUCCAUUCGCAGCCUGGACGUCCCCAGCCUGUUCCGCGACUUUGGCUUCGUCAUCGUCAACGCCGUCGACACGGAGGAAGCAGUGCACGCCCUCGGAGAAAAGCAAUCCGCUCUAGAGAAGGUGUUGAUCAACGCGGGCGUGAGGGAGCCUCACGACAUGGCCGGCAUGAAGCAGGACAUGAAGUCGUGCGACUGGCGCGAACGCCCCCUGUCGGAGGAGAAGCUGGUGUACGCGAGGUGCGACUCCCACUACCUCAUCCCGCUCUGGCGACUCCUGCGGGCGCGGCUGCUGGCGGCAGAUACUUUGCCGAGUCGCCAGGACGGCGGAGAGGAGGAGGACGGCAGGGAGGAGGCGGCGCUGCUGGAGAUCAAGCACCGUUUGGACGAGGACCAUCGCCGGCAAGAGGGGGCCCGCCAGAUGCAACUUCCUCCACAGUCUCCCCCCCCCCCCACGGGGGGUGCU